ACAUAAUCUGCCAGAGGAAGGCUUGACUUAUCAGUUGGUGCUUGAAGGCAGCCAGUGCAGCAGAGCCAGGGAAAGGAAUACAGCGCUCUAACUACAGCCCUCUGCCUCUCUCUCUCUCUCUCUCUCUCUCUCUCUCUCUGUGUCUCUGUCUCUCUCUCUCUCUCUCUCUGUCUCGCUCUGUCUCUCUCCCGUUCUCGCUCUCCCACUGUCUCCUCUGUGCGUGCUUGCUCUCUCUCUCUCUCUCUCUCUGUCGCUCCUCACAUCUCUUCUCGCAGCGGCUUUUGGCAUUGCACUACGAUGACCGGCGUAGCCCCUCGGCAGUAAGCACACGAAGGUUAUGCUGCCCAAAAGCUCCCCGCUGAGUCAGAGUGAGAAAGAGAAAGGCUAAAGCCAGACCCGCGUCAGCGCAGCAGCAGGAGCAGAACACAGCCUGCGGAGCCAUGAGCCACGCCCAGGAGCCCAGCGACCUCAGCGCCGCCACGGCCUCUGUCGUCCACGCUCCGGAGCCGGUGCCGGUGUCCCCGCCCCCGCGCGUCGCCGGGCGUGAGGAAGAGGAGGAGCGAGACCUGAACAAGGCCCUCGGGGUGGAGCGCUUCCAGCAGAUCCUGCACCCCGCCCCCCGCGGGCCCGCCGAGCAGCACCGCGUCUACAACGAGGAGGACUUUGAGUACCACCGGCACUCCUCCCACCACAUCCACCACCCGCUGUCCAUGCACCUGGCCCCCGACGGGCGCAAGAAGAAGGGCAACAAGAAGAAGAAGGGGGCGGGGCGGAGGAGGGGCUCGGCCAGCAGCAGCGCCGCCACCAUCGAGGAGGACGAGGAGGAGGACGAGGCUGAGGAAGAGUCCUGCAGCCAGCACGACGGGGAGGGGCACCCGACCACGCCCACGCCCGACACCGACACCGACACUCAGACCGGGGAGGUGCAGUUCUUUGUUUCAGAAGACGACCACUCUUCCUCCUCAGCCAGUAAGUCUGGCACCCGCACACCCCCACGCCGCCUGGACAUCGUGCCUGAAUCGGCCCUGAGAAAGGACAGCAUCCCAGAAGAUGCCACACCCACAGACGAGCCAGACCCGGCGCCGGCGCCGUCCCACCACAAGGACAGCAACGGGCUGUCCAGCCCGGCCCCCGGCCCCGCCCCCGCCCCCGCCCCCGUCCCGGCGCCGCCCGCCUCCCCGCGCUCCCUGGCCUCGGCCAGCCCCCCCGCCCGCGGCUCGGCCUCCUCCGUCUCCAAACUCGGGCUGGCGGGGCGCAGCUACGACCUGCAGGAGCGCCGCCGCACCGGCAACAUGACGGGCGCCGAGCUGGCCCGGUACCAGCGCAUCCCCACCGACGAGAGCGAGGCCCAGACGCUCGCCUCCGCCGACCUGGACGGGAUCAAGAGUCACCGUUUCGAGGAUGUCCCCGGUGUGCGCCGUCACCUGGUCAGGAAGAGCACCAAGGGCCAAGUGGUGCACAUCAGCAAGGACCACAAGGAGCCCAGCACCCGCAGCCGAAAACUGGACCGCACCCCGCAUGAGCCGCCGGCGUCGUUCCGCUCUUCCUCCUCCUCUACCUCGCCGGGCAGGAUGGUCCUGCUGGAUUUCACCGGCCGCCUGGCUCGCCGUCAGAAGGUGUUCGUGGAGCUGAACGAGCUGAUCAUGGACAAGAACCAGGAGAUGCAGUGGCGGGAGACGGCCCGCUGGAUCAAGUUCGAGGAGGACGUGGAGGAGGAGACGGACCGCUGGGGCAAGCCCCACGUGGCCUCCCUCAGCUUCCGAAGCCUGCUGGAGCUCCGCAAGACCAUCUCUCACGGGGCGGUCCUCCUGGACCUAGACCAGAAGUCCCUGCCUGGGAUCGCGCACCAGGUGGUGGAGCAGAUGAUCAUCUCGGACCAGAUCAAGGCGGAGGACCGCGCCAACGUCCUGCGGGCCCUGCUGCUCAAGCACAGUCACCCGAGCGACGAGAAGGACCACGGCAGCGGCUUCCCGCGCAACAUCUCGGCGGCCAGCCUGGGCUCGCUCAUGGUGCACCACCACAGCGCCAACCACAUCGCCCAGACCGAGCCGUCCGUCACCGACCCCCUCAUGGGCACCGGCGGCGGCAUCGGGUCCGAGACCGACGCCCGCAUCGACAUGGAGAAGAACGAGAAGGAGAUGCCGCCGGUGUUGGGCAUGCACCGCUCCAAAUCCAAACACGAGCUGAAGCUGCUGGAGAAGAUCCCCGAGAACGCCGAGGCCACCGUCGUCCUCGUGGGCAGCGUGGACUUCCUGGAUCAGCCCACCAUGGCCUUCGUGCGGCUGCAGGAGGCCGUGCUGCUGGAGUCGGUUCUGGAGGUGCCGGUACCGGUCCGUUUCAUCUUCGUCCUGCUGGGGCCCCCCAGCACCAGCAUGGACUACCACCAGAUCGGCCGCUCCAUCUCCACUCUGAUGUCCGACAAGCACUUCCACGAGGCGGCCUACCUGGCGGACGACCGGCAGGACCUGCUGAACGCCAUCAACAGCUUCCUGGACUGCAGCAUCGUGCUGCCCCCGUCCGAGGUGGGCGGGGAGGAGCUGCUCCGGUCGGUGGCCCGCUUCCAGCGGGAGAUGCUCCGCAAGAGGGAGGAGCAGGAGGUCAAGCUGCUGGCCAAGGAGCCCAAGAGUCCCGAAGACAAAGCUCUCCUCGCGCCCUUCAAGCCCGGGGAUGACCCGCUGAAGCGGACGGGUCGCCCGUUCGGGGGGGUCAUCCGGGACGCCCGUCGCCGCUACCCCAAGUACCUCAGCGACUUCAAGGACGCCAUGAACGCCCAGUGCAUGGCCGCCGUCAUCUUCAUCUACUUCGCCGCCCUGUCGCCCGCCAUCACGUUCGGGGGGCUCCUGGGCGAGAAGACGGACGGGCUGAUCGGCGUGUCAGAGCUGAUCAUAGCCACGGCCCUGCAGGGCGUGAUCUUCAGUAUUAUCGGGGCCAACCCCAUGCUGAUCGUGGGCUUCUCCGGCCCCGUGCUGGUGUUCGAGGAGGCCUUCUUCUCCUUCUGCACGGCCAAUGGGAUGGAGUACCUGACGGGCCGGGUCUGGAUCGGGUUCUGGCUCAUCAUCAUCGUGGUCCUCAUGGUGGCCUUCGAGGGCAGCUUCCUGGUCUGCUACGUGUCCCGCUUCACGCAGGAGAUCUUCGCCUUCCUCAUCUCCCUCAUCUUCAUCUACGAGACCUUCUCCAAGCUGGGCAAGAUCUUCCAGGAGCACCCGCUCCAGCGCUGUUCCCUGGACAACGGCACGGCUGACAAUAACACAGGAAUCCCGUUGCCGGGCAACGGCACCGACGCGGGCCCCCCCGCCAAGGUGCGGGGCGAGCCGAACACCGCCCUCCUGUCCCUGGUGCUCAUGUCCGGGACGUUCUUCAUCGCGUUCUACCUGCGCAAGUUCAAGAACAGCGCCUUCUUCCCCGGCAGGAUCCGGAGGGUGAUCGGAGAUUUCGGGGUCCCCAUCGCCAUCCUGAUCAUGGUCCUGGUGGACUACAGCAUACGGGACAUCUACAGCCAGAAACUGAGCGUGCCCAGCGGCUUCUCGGUGACCAGCCCGGAGAAGCGCGGCUGGGUGAUCAACCCGCUGGGGUCGGACGGCCAGUUCCCCAUCUGGAUGAUGGCUGCCAGCAUCCUGCCGGCGCUGCUGGUCUUCAUCCUCAUCUUCAUGGAGACGCAGAUCACCUCGCUGAUAGUCAGUAAGAAGGAGAGGAUGCUCGUCAAAGGCACCGGCUUCCACCUGGACCUGAUGAUCAUCGUCACCGUGGGCGGGAUCUCCUCGCUCUUCGGCCUGCCCUGGCUGGCCGCCGCCACCGUGCGCUCCGUCACCCACGUCAACGCGCUCACCGUCAUGAGCAAGGCCGUCGCCCCCGGAGACAAGCCCCGCAUUCAGGAGGUCAAGGAGCAGCGGGUGACCGGGCUGCUUGUUGCCAUCUUAGUGGGCCUGUCCAUCGUGAUCGGGGACCUCCUGCGGCAGAUCCCCAUCGCGGUGCUGUUCGGCAUCUUCCUCUACAUGGGCGUGAUGUCACUCAACGGCAUCCAGCUGACCGAGCGCAUGCUGCUGCUGCUCAUGCCCCCCAAGUACCACCCCGACCACACCUACGUGCGCAAGGUGCGGACGCUGCGCAUGCACCUGUUCACCGGGAUCCAGAUGGUGUGCCUGGCCGUGCUGUGGGCGGUCAUGUCCACCGUGGCCUCCCUGGCCUUCCCCUUCGUCCUCAUCCUCACCGUCCCCAUAAAGAUGUUCCUGAUGCAACGCAUCUUCACUCCCCGCGAGAUGCAAUGUCUGGACGCCGAUGAUGCAGAGCCCACGUUUGAUGAGAAGGAGGGGCAGGACGAGUACACUGAGAUGCACAUGCCGGUUUAAGACACGCCCCUUCCUCCCGCACCCCUCUGAAUGGCUACACCGACCUGCCAGUCACUCAGCCAGCUGGCCCUGCCCUCUCCAAGUGAACGCCCCUUCCCCCUUCCCCCAGUGUAUUCAUAAUAGCUUUUCAUUUUCUGACCGUUUUAUUUUAUAUUUGUAACCACGUUUCUUUUGUUUGACUAUGGCAAUCAUUGUUAUAAUCGGUCUUCCUGAUUGAUUCGUGUAGGUGUAGUUUUCAGGAAGACGAACUGGGGGAGGGAGGUGGAGGGUAGACGUAGAGGGGCAGAGAAGGGAAACGAAGGGGCGGCAGGUGCAUGGGGGCUAGGGGCGGAGCUACAAGCAGGUCAUGUGGCAUAAGCCCCGCCUCCCCCACGCCUCCCAGCCAGCACGGCCAGCGCCACAAAGCCGCUCAAACCUGAAACGCAGCAGAGCUCACCUGAGUGACAGGCUCCCAGACCGCGUCCAUGACGACCGCGUCCAUGACGACCGCUUCCAUGACGACUACUCUCAUGAGCCGCGGUUGCGGUCCUCUCUCUCUCUCCGGCUCUGCCAAGGGACCACUCACAAAACCGCACUACCCACGCUGCCUUCGGGGUGGACAGGAAGAG